AUGUUGUGUCAAGCACGUGGCGCAUGCAGUGGAAUAAGAGGGAAGAGACUUCCCAUGAGCUCCAGAUUUUGGUUUCCCUGGGCAAGGGUACUGCGUUUAUCUCUUUGCCCCACAUUAUAUGUGAAUGAAUUCUCUAAAUCAUUAAUACAGAUAUCCUCUUACCGAUGGAUGCACACAAAUGCAGAUGAGAAGGUAUCCAAUAUAGUGGCGAAUGAGGAUGAUGAAGAGGCAAGUCUUGAGGAUUAUGAAGAAUUACUUCUUAAUUCUGCUUCCUCUGGGACCAUAGAGGAAGAAUCUCAAAGUGAGAAUCUACACGAGAAUAAGAUUAACGAUGAGCAACAAUCUACUGGGCGUUCUUCAACAAUGAAGCUUGUAAAUGAGAUCUUAGAACUUCUACCUGCGGAUGGCGUUGGACUUAGACUUACCACGAUAACGCCUGCUUUGGAUCUUGAGUCAGUGAGUGAACUUUAUGGAUCUGUAUUAGGAUUUGUACAACUCUUUCCUCAUCGAUUUCGAUGCUACCAAAUUGAAGAAUCUGAUGGGAGUCUUCGUUGGUAUAUUAGCCGUGCACAAGUGGUAACAACGGACUCAUUAUCUUCUCAAUAUGAAGAAAGAAAUCAUUUUCAUCGAGAUGAUGAACACGAUCGUGGAAUAUUAUUAAGAGAAAAGAAAGUAAAGCUACAUAAUGUCAUUCCGGAGUUUAGCUGUGUGACGACACGCAGAGUACUUGAAGAACUCCAGAAGGUGCUUCCAAAUGAUGAACCCAUUGCGACUACUGGACUCUUGAAUACUCUACCAAAGGAGCUUCAGGAUAUUAUACGAAAUUUAGGAGGAGGUUUACUGCGUCUUCUUAAAAGUAAUGUUGCGCAAGAUUAUGUUGACCUUAGUUUAGAUACUAGCAUGGUUUCGGUUAAGGGACUUCUUUCUUCAAGAAAGUUACCGACGUACCAUCAGCAGUCAAGUUUCAUUACUGACUCCGUUUCAUUACCUCUUCAAGCUGACGAGGACUAUGCUAAGGAUGUAUGGGAUGUUGAACUUGACUUGGAUGAGGAUACUAAGAAUGAAGUUAUUGCUUCCUAUGAGGAAAAUGAUAUUAAUGGGGCUGCUGAACCUGAUGAAGGGUUUUUUCACGAUGGGAGUUGUGCAACCGCAACGGUUCCUGCUGGAUCACCUCAAGUAUUUCGACAAAUUCCUCCUGCUCUUCCCAAACCCCCUGAAGGAUUGCAAAAACGGAAAACACCACCACCCCUACAGCAGAAAAAGAAAGAAGUUGAAAAAGUUUCAGGACGAAUGUCACCUGAUGAACUCCUUAAAGCCCAUACUGUAGUAGCACAGUUGCGUGGUCGACGUUCCCCUAGUGAAAUGCUUGAUCUUUUUGUCGAAUGUAUUCCAACUUUUUACGUUCCUGUUCAAAAGAUUAAACUGACAGAUGCUCUUGCGAGGAUACUAGGACCGCAAAACACACUUCACAAAGUUAUUAGAAUAUAUUCGUACUAUUUUGAUAGAGACAAGACUGUAGACACCGUGAGAUUAAAGCCUUCUAUACAACAUUUGCGUAUAGGGAUAGCUAAUGUUCUGUACCAAAAUAUGAAGGAUAUUUCUGUGUCAUCUGAUGGUAUUCAUCGCAAACUUCAGGUAACAGAUGUAACCCGUGCAUUCCCUGUUCUUCAGGCCCCUCUUCGUACAGGAGUACAAGCUUCCGCAGUUGUUAAGAAAGAAUCAACUUUUAAAGUUGCCCAAGGAAAUGCUCUUACGGUAGAUUCCCCAUCACCCGAAUGGUUUGCACUUCUCGAGACUAUACCACAUGAUCGAUAUAUUUCUAUUUCGGAAUGGGCCCAUGAAGCUAAUCUACCUAUCGAAAGAGUUCAAUCCUUUACUGAAGACGUUUCUCAUAACCACUACUUCUUGACUCGUUCAGGUAAAGAGGGUGAAAAAGAGGAAGAAGAAGAAGAGGUGUUAUGGCGAUUACGUCCCUAUUGGUUGUCUCCUGGUGCUACAGGGGAACUUGGGGUAGAGUAUUCUACUAUAGCAUCCACAAUUGCACGGUACCUUAAACCCAUUUGGUUUCCACUUGACCGACUUCUCCAAAAACUCACACUAUCUGAACGUGACAACAUCAUGAAAGCCGCUCAACCCUACGGUGGUGUGGAGUUUUGGCUUCGAAAAUUUGGACGCUUCUGCUGGGUCGAUGAGAGUGGGAAAAAAGUACGAAAGUAUUGCUCUGUUUCUGACUUGGAUGACAUUACUCAUCCCGCUAUUACAUAUUUGCAAUACUCUCUUUCUACAGAAUAUGUAAAACUAGAGGAUAUUAUUCACGGCUACAGCAUAUCUUCCUGGAAAAUCAAUAAUGCACCAAAAUCCUCUAAAACUGGUAUUCGACACCUACUAAAUCACGGGUUGGAAGUAUCAAGACGAUGUUUACCUACUUCCUUGGAAAAAAAUAGCAGGAAACAAGAGUGCACACAGGAUAUGCAAGAAAGUGUAAAUUAUUUUCUCAGUCGACAUCGACAAUCAUUGAAUAUAAAAGAAGAGGGUGAUAGCGUCUGGGUGGCAAGACGUUCCUUCUUUCGCUCCGGACCCAAGUAG